CCAUAAUGGCCGGCAUCGAUUUGGAAGAAUGGAUUACCAGCUCCAAUGAGUGCUUCGAGAUCAACCUCACCCGCCCUUCCAAAACCCCAGCCGACUCUGACCCCAUAUUUGCCGAAUCCUUUCAACCUACCUUCACAUACCCCAUAAUCAACGAGAAGGAAAUACUCGUCGGCUACAAGGAACCCCGCAUAGAGCUUAGCUUUCGCGCAAAUGACUUGAAGCCGUCCCUCAAGGUCCAGUUCGAGGAGAAAAUCGACCUCUCCACCAUGUUGGGUGAGGAUGAUCCUCAGGUCGAUUUGGAGAAUGUGUGGAAAGACUUUCUACCUGAGUCUGUGUUCGACCCCUCACAUGCGACCAACCAACCUCUCCCGGGAAACGACCCUCUUUCAAAGUCAUGGAAGCCGCCGGGAAAGAUGAUCAAUAAUUUCACCUUAUUGGGAAAGCAGUUCGAAAUAUGGAGCACCAACUUUUCCGAUCCUGCAGCACGUCGUAUAUGGGAGAACAUGAAGAUCCUUACGCUGCUCUACAUUGAGGGCGCAUCAUACCCAGACCUCGAUGCCCAAUGGUCGCUUGAGCGUUGGACCCUAUUUCUGCUGUACGAGGUUACGCCCAUUGAAGAGGACGUUUCUCCUUAUACACUCGCUGGCUUUUCCACUUCCUACCGAUACUGGAUAUUUCCCAGCUUGGAUGUGAUGCGCGCCACUAAAUCGCUUCCCUCCCCGCCCGACUCGUCCAACGGUGAUGCCUCGAGCUACUCGGGUCCACGUUUCGCACGCGACAAUGAAACAUGUCUUUUCAAUGACAACAUCAACGUCUUGGAAACACCAUCGCGGGAGCGGAUCUCACAAUUUCUCAUCUUACCUCCUUAUCAAGGCCAAUCCCUGGGCGCAAAGCUCUACGAGACCAUCCUGGCACAUCUCGUGGAAAAACAUUUCAUAUACGAGGUACCAGUUGAAGAUCCCAGCGAGGAUUUUGAUGCCAUGCGCGAUUACAGCGACAUUGUCUAUUUGCGCAACAUGCCCGAAUUCGCCUCUCUCACUUUACCCGCUACUUUGCCCCCCGAAACCCUGCGCAAGUCCGCACCCGUUCCACGGGACCUGAUCCUGGGUAACGGCACGAACCUCAAGGAAUUACGCCAUAAGAGCAAGAUCGUCCCACGACAAUUCAAUCGCAUGUUAGAACUUCACCAUUUUUGCAGCAUCCCCCGCAAUCAUCGCAGCAGGGCGCGCCUAACACGCAAGGAGAAGGCCUCGAAUGAGCACGACAGGAAAUAUUACUUUUGGCGUCUAACAAUCAAGGAGCGCAUAUACCGCCAAAACGCCGAUCAACUCGAGCAGUUGGAGGAUGCUGCGGAGAAAGUGGAGAAGCUGGAGCAGGCUGUUGAUAAUCAGCAGCAAGAAUAUGAGGAGAGGGAAGAAGGCAUUGAGCGGAGGAAAAAGUGGAGUCGCGGCGAGCAGCUGCCAGAGGAAAUGGGCAAGGUCAAGGGAAAGCGGAAGAGGGUUGUCGUGGACGAUGACGAUGACGAUGAUGGAUGGGAAGAUAUGGACGAAGACUCCGUGAGCUCUAAGAGGCCUAGGGCUUGA